UUAAAAAAAUUAAACCGAACACUGCCCAGUGAUUUUCGAUUGUGUUUUAUAUUUUAUUACCAGCGAUAGGCUUUUUGAUGCGGUCGUGGAUUUCCAAUAACAAGGCAAAUAAAGCUAAAGAAAACGAUGUGAAUUUUGUGAAGCUACGUCACUCUGUUUUCCUCACUUCGAAUCAAUGGAUCAACUCAGAAAAGACGCUGCUUUUCUUCAAUCAAUUCCAUCUUCAAAUCCUUCUAUAAUCGAGUUUCGUCAACCCCCAGUCGACCCGCUUGUUCCCUCCACGACCCGUACCCAAUCCAAAUCCGGCCAAAGGGAUGGAGAGGAACCUAAGGAUUGCAUUACGGCGAGGAAACUUCAAAAGGCUGACCGUGAGAAAUCGAGAAGAGAUCGACUUAAUGAACAUUUUCUUGAAUUAGGAAAUGCACUCGAUCCUGAUAGGCCCAAAAAUGACAAAGCAACCAUCCUUACCGAUACCAUUCAAUUGUUGAAGGAUCUUACAUCUCAGGUCACCAAGCUGAAAGGAGAGCAUGCCAUGCUCACUGAAGAAUCUCGUGAGCAGUUGACCGUGGAGAAGAAUGAUCUAAAAGACGAGAAAGCAUCUCUCAAAUCUGAAAUUGAUGAUCUUAAUAUUCAGUAUCAGCAGAGAGUCAGGACUAUGUUCCCAUGGGCGUCUGUAGAUUACCCGGUUGUCAUGGCUCCUCCUUCUUAUCCUUUUCCAGUACCAAUGGCAAUGCCUCCCCCAGGAGCUAUUCCAAUGCAUCCGUCCAUGCAACCGUUUCCUUUCUUUGGGAACCAAAAUCCCGGGGUCAUUCAUAACCCCUGCUCCACUUUUGUCCCAUAUAUGACUCCUAAUACCAUGGUUGAACAGCAACCGACACAGCAUGUCACUCCACCUGCACAACCAAGCAGCCGGUCUCAUGCUUCAGGCAAAGAAGAUUCGAAAAACAAGUCCUCAGGAGAGAGCAAGAUUGAGAAAACUGUGGAUUCUAAUGAUGUUGCUACUGACCUUGAGUUAAAAACACCUGGUUCUACAGCAGAUCAGGAUUUAUCAUCGGGACAAAGAAAGCUCAAGAAAUCUUUAAGGAAAGAAAACAGCAAUACAGAAGGGAGUUAUUCAAGCAGGUGCUCUUCAUCUUAUAGUGCACAAGAUAGCUCAUCCAAUAGUGUAGUUGGUGGCAAAAAGGCAGAUGACCUUGACGGGCGAAAUGAUUGACAAAUAAGGUCAGCUUGUUCGCAACACGUACGCGUCAUCUCUUCCAUUUAUUCCAUCCUUUAAUAUUUUCUCCACUUAUAGAAUCCAAUUAUCUUCCUACAAAUUGUAUCACUUUUCUGAUAUCAUGAAGACCCCAAAGAAAUUGCUGUUUCAUAGUAUAGUUUAGUUCGGGUUGGGUUGGGUUGGGUUUUGUCCAGCAUCUUUCUGGUGGUAACGAUAUUCUCUACAGCUCUACCCUCUUUCUAGGUGAGAUACACCCUAGAUAGCUAGACGGUCAUAACCUAUUAGUAUGAUCUUAUAUAUAUUUGAUGGUAGCUGCUGAUACAUUGUUAAAUUGAUCUCUUCUUCCCAUUGCUUCAAGUUCCGUAUAGAGAAUAUUGAGUUGUAAAUGUUAACAUAUCUGCCAGUGUACAUGUUGGUGACUUACUGGAACUUGGUUAACAAAAGAUGCUUUGCCCAAAGUUUGCAGUAA